AUGAAUAUUUCCAAGCAGCUUCCACAGGACAUCGACAUCCCUUCUUCCACUUCCGCAACCGACAGUGAGACGGAGUCAAUCUCGACGGGCUCUUACUCCUGGGAAACUACCGACAUUGUGGAACCCCACGUCGGAUACAAGAAGGUCUUGGUCACGGGAGGAGCCGGUUUUAUCGGCAGUCACGUUGCCGAUGUGCUGUUGGAGCGCGGUGAUGAUGUGGUUAUUAUCGACGAGAUGAACGACUAUUACAGCCUCGAUAUUAAACAAAGCAACUUGAAACUGUUACAGAGCAAGUACGGCAAUGAUCGUCUGAAAAUCUACUUUGGCGACGUUUGCGACGAAGAGUUGGUCACAAACAUUUUCGAAACCGAGCAUCCUACGUGGGUCUGCCACAUGGCGGCACGCGCUGGUGUCCGUCCGUCAAUUCAAGAUCCCUACGUCUACAUUCACUCCAAUAUCAAAGGAACAACGCGGCUGAUGGAGUUAUCGGCCAAAUAUGGCGUUCAGAACUUUGUCUUCGCCAGUUCAUCUUCUGUGUACGGAGGUUCCAAGUCAACCUUCUUUUCCGAAGACGAAGUGGUGGACAAUCCCGUUUCACCUUACGCCGCCAGUAAAAAAGCCUGCGAGCUGUUGGCGUACACGUACCAUCACUUGUACAAUCUCAACACGACUGGCUUGCGAUUCUUCACCGUCUAUGGCCCCCGCGGUCGACCGGACAUGGCGCCCUUCAAAUUUAUUGAUCGAGUCAGUCGUGGCGUUGAAAUUCAACAAUUUGGUGACGGUUCGUCUUCUCGUGACUACACUUACAUAUCCGAUAUUGUCGACGGCGUGGUACGGGCAAUCGACCGACCUUACCGGUAUCAAAUAUUCAAUCUUGGUAAAGGCAGCGGCACAUCUCUCCGGGAAUUUAUUGAUCUGGUGCAAAAGCACGUGGGCCAGAAAGCCAAGAUUAAGAUUCUCCCCGAUCAACCAGGUGACGUACCAUACACGUGUGCGGAUGUCAGCAAGGCAGCUCGGUUGCUUGGCUACGAGAGCGAAGUAUCUUUUGAGGAUGGUAUACGGCUUACGGCUGAGUGGUACAAGGAUGCGUACGCACACCGCCAGCUUCAGGUGUGUCCCGAAACGCAGGCCAACGGGUUGGGUCGGGCACCGAGUAUGGUGCAAUUGUUUGAAGGCGUCAGUGCUUCUACAUGA